ACAAGUCUAUGUGAGGCGACGAACGUGUGCCCUACACACUAAUCAAGCGAUGAUUCGUUUCCCCUUCUCGAACUCGUCGAUUCAGCUCGAUAAACGUUAGUAAGGGCACGACGACAGGCACGAACGGCCACUACUUCUGCUUCUGGUCACAACAGUCUUAAGAAUACAACGGACAACUAUCGAGAAACAACUGCAGGUUGUUGUUUUCGUUGUUGCGGUUGUUGUUGUUAUCGGCUUGGUUUUCUUCGUCUCGACAACGACGGGCAACGAGAUUGGUAAUAUCGUAACGAUUCAAAUAUUAUGCUUGAACGAAUUUGUCAUGGGGGUGAACGCUAUGGAACGCUAGAGACAACUUUACUAGACUAUACAGAUGUUUUUGGACAGAUUUGCUGCAGCUUAAGAUGACCGGUCAAUAACGAUACUUGUCGGAAACAUUGGUGAAUACGUACGUCGAAGUGGCGGGUGUUUAAAUUUGCGUCGUUUGUCGGAUCAGGUGUUUGGUCAGCCUGUGAAGAGCACGAAGUUGACAAAUUGAAGGAAACCCAUGCCUUGGCGAGGCCUCAUCCCAUUGUGAACGCUACGGGACGUGUAGAAGCAAAGUUAAGAAACUGAGCAGGUGUUCUUUUUGAGACUGACACUCGCAGAAGUUCUACCUAUCGAACGGAUACGGCGUACACAGCAAUACGUGCUUCAGUCGAGGCAGAUCCAUAUGUUUAUUUGCUUUACUUAUGACAGAUGAAAUUAGUGCGGAAGUCAUUCGGUCUGCCGAUCAAGAGAGCUGAGCGGGAUCCUUUGGUACAGUCAAUUGCUAGCAAUUUGGUUAAAGCUGUUUCCUCUUCUAUUGUUUGUCUUGUUUCAAGAUAUUUUCUGUAUAGUGUACGACCUGUUUUGACGAAACCUGGUUCGCGAUUAGACAGUAAAGGAAAAGCCGCCCCAUAAGUGCUGAGUAACACUGAGAAUCGGCUCUGGGCUGGGCCGCCGACGCCACCAUCUGCAAUAGUAAACAGGCCUAGUAACCCAGCGUCGACAAAACUGCACCAAUCGUUCGUUGAUAUGUAGACAGUUGGAUGGUAACGGUAAGAAGAAAGGGGUUAUUGAGAGGGUUACUACACGAAGAGAAACAAAGACAGUCAGUGAUAGUCCUACUUAUCAAAUCGACCCAGCUGACAGGACUAAUCGUCGAAAACCGUAAAGGUCUGUUUUAGGUGAAACCCAAUCGCUAGCGAUUUCCGAAUUCCGCAUCAGACCACAUUGAUGUAUAAAUGUCUUCUAUCUAUUUAGCUGAUUUGAAGCUCGGCCUGAACGUUCUUACUGUUCUUUUCAGUGUCAUUCUGAUAGAGCUCCUGCGGGCUUUAACUGUUUAAUUAUCGCCUGUGAAACCCUAUGUAGCGGCCUGCAGCUUACAACCAUGUCGAUAUUAAUGAGACUUGUCAUAAAGCUGCUCUUUAUCGGGCCUUGCAGUUAUCCUACCCAUAUGGUCAUUAUAUGAACAUCUCCAUCGCCAUGUAUAUGGCUUACAAAAGUAGCAAUGGUUGGUGUACGUUGUUCCCGUUUUUUCUAUCGUUUUCGAUGGAUAGAUAUAUCCAGAGAGCAACUUCUCUCCUACAGUAAUUCUUCGGAAGCUCCGUUUGUCCGACAAUUCACUAUCAACGCAGUUUAGUUGGUCCUCUUUGGGAUAGAGCAGCCGUUAAGGAUGUAGUCAGUUUCGCUGGAGUCUACUUUGUAACUGCAGGGCCUGUUUUGCUAGUAGAAAGGGUUGAUAGUCCUGGUGAUCAAAAAUCAAACAUGUGCUAACCAAGUAGAGGUGGUAUGUGAAGCUCAUCUCGAAAUGCAAGCGAAGAGUAGCACUUCAAUCGUGGACUUUAUAGCGGAAGCUUUACGUGAACGCGAGAUGUGAAGGAUUUGUUCUGGGUGAUCGGCCUGAUCGAUGGAAAGGUAUUACGUUUUGGCUUGUUGCCGCAAGUUUCGAAAUGAUGUACGCGAGUUAAAACAUAACCUGUUGGUGUCGUUAUGUAGAAUUUACCGUCACCGAUACCGAACGUGCCACCGUGAACCAAAUGGAUUUAUCUAAAGCCGAUCAGCGAUAUUGUCAGCUUUUGACCCGCCAUUGUUAUUAAGGAGAAAACAGUCAUCGAGCCGUAUGGGAUUAUUGUCGGAGCUCCGAAACAGGACCGAAGUGGCGCCGUCAUGGCGUGCGAUAUUUUCAGCCAGCCGCGUCUGAUGUCGCAAAGCAGUUGUCAGAAGCUUCCGUUUUUCGACAGUUUCGAAGAACAGGGCCAAGGGAACAUGACCGAUAUGUGGUUCGGCGUAUCCGUUUCAUCAGGCCAGCAAAACGGACUUAUGGCAUGUGCCCAUCGGUACGUCAAACCUACGACGAUUAUUAACGAGAACAACGUUCACGAGGAACAGCGGCUUGGCUUCGGUAUCUGUUUCCAGUACAGCACUUCACUGGUGCCGGAAGCCGCUUGGGUCCCCUGCGAUGGCCAACCAGUCAAGGACUACCAUCUUGGAUUUGGUUUGUGCCAGGCCGGCACCAGCUGUCACCUAAACAGCAAGUACGAUGUUCAGACGAUAGGCAUGCCCGGAACGAAAACCUGGCGCGGAGGUGUGUCUUCCUUCAUGAAGCGGGACAAGUACAUACGAGAGUGGCUUCGAACGAAUACAGAUUCGAGUUACCCGGUUGAAAACUAUGCGUAUUUAGGCAUGUCGGUGGCGUCAGGAAAUUUUUUUGACAAACAGCGCUUGGGAUGGGCAGCUGGCGCGCCUCGCGCGAACGACACGGGGGCCGUACUACUCUUCGAAAGAAAUCGCGCCCCGAACAACAACGAGCUCGAGCACAACAGGACGCUCAUUGGUGAACAAGUAGCAUCCUCCUUUGGGUAUGUGAUCGCUGUUGUAGACAUCAAUUCCGAUGGUCUCGAUGAUCUGGUCGUCGGAGCCCCAUUCUACUAUGAGGACGGUGUAGGCGGCGCCGUCCAUGUCUACCUCAACGAAGGUGCUCCUCGCUAUUUAUACCAAGGAAUGCAGUACCGCAAAGUGAUUGGCUCAAAGGAGGAAUCACGCUUUGGGUUCGCUAUUACUGGACUCGGUGACAUUGAUCGUGAUGGAUUUAACGAUCUCGCUAUCGGCGCUCCCUACGAAGGUGAUGGUGCCGUGUACAUCUACCUUGGCUCAAAAAACGGCCUAAGUGAAAGGCCUUCACAGAUUAUUCGUGCUUCCGAUGUAAAGCGUACUCGCACUGUCCCAAGCACAUUCGGUUAUUCGCUAUCAGGCGGUGUUGACUUAGACAAUAACAAAUACCCUGACCUCGUUGUCGGCGCCUACAGUUCCGAUCGAGCGUUUGCCAUUUAUGCCCGGCCUAUUAAGAACAUCAAAGCUGAACUCAGGUACAGUUUGCCCAUUGAUCCGACAACUGAAAAAUGUCUGUCAGGCAAGGAGGUAUGCACGACCUUUCAGGUCUGUUUGACGACGCCAUCUGAUUUUGACCAUCGUACCGGCGAUUUGAUCGUUGUGCAGAGAAUCGAAGCCGAAACCUUCCAGCCGAACAAGAAAAAGUCCCGAGUUAUUUUCAAGAAGGCAAAGAACACGGAGACGCCACAUAUAUUGGUUGAAAGCUUCCAGAUGACCGACUAUAGCAAGUGUACGACGGGUGAGCUUAUUCUGGUCGAUCGUUCGGAUAUCCACACGACGAUUAAACUCAAAUUGACUCUCGACCUAGACAACGAUCUCGAUCGAAAUGACAGACUGCAUGUACCCCGCAUUGACCAGUACCCUAUACUUAACAAAAAACUUGGAACACUUACGAUUCCAGUCGAUUUCAAGAAAAACUGCGGCGAUAAUGCAGUAUGUGAGUCCACGUUGUACACCGAGUCUAAACUUAAUCUCCCGAACGAAAAGGGUGAACCGGUCUAUUAUCUUGGCUGGGAAACUAUGAACUUGACCGUAUCAGUUAGAAAUACAGGAGAAUCUGCCUACGACGCUUUUCUACACAUCGAACAUCCUAGCGAGAUGACCUUUAUUGGACGUUCGGUACUCAACAAGAAAAGUGUGCUUGACUGUUCGACUGAAAAUCAAACUCUGGUUCGUUGUGACUUGGGUAACCCAAUGGAAAACGGUGAUUUGGCCGAACUCCUGCUGAAGUUCCGACCUGAACGGGAGGCAGACGACCUGACCACUAUGCGGUUUGUCGUUCACACUACGACAUCGUCACAGGACACCCUAAACCAGAGACCAACUACGUUUGACGUCAGCGUAGUUAGGGCAGCCGAGCUGGAAAUCAAGGGUCUUGCAAAACCUGAACAGGUUUGGUAUGGCGGAAGGGUCGUAGGUGCUUCGGCCAUGCAAAGCGAGGCUGAAAUUGGUAGUGAGGUUACCCACGUGUAUUCGGUAUUCAAUUACGGGCCGUACAUGGUGCCAAACUUCAAAGUACAUAUACGCUGGCCGAUGGAGGUAGAAAACAGUCGUAAAAACGGGAAGUACCUACUUUAUCUCACUGAACUGCCAAAGGUGCAAGUUAACGGUGUUCUCACCUCGUGUCGGGCUGUGAAAGAUAACUCAGUCGACCCUCUCGGCUUUACCAAUAAGCAAGCCAUCGUGGCUACGGAAGCGCCUACCGCAGCCGCAUCACGUUCGCGACCCAGCACCCUUCGUAUACCUCAAAAAAAGUCCACUGAUCCAGUCAUUCGUCGAACCACAACGACAACCACCCCAAAACCGACCACUGAGGACGAUUAUGAUUAUGAUGCUGAUUAUGGGGAAGCCAGGCCAACUACGACAACAACGCCAAAGACGAUUUACGCUCGAAAAGUAAUCACCGAACGGAACUACACGUACGUCUCGUCAUAUGGACGUAACACAAGAGUUCGGCGAGAUAUGAUUGUGCCAGCAGAAAGCGUUCGCGUCGACGGCCGCGUGCUCAACGUUGUGAAGAUGAGGUGCAACCAGAAUACUCGUUGCGUCGAUUUCUCCUGUACGGUUACUAAUCUGCAAAAACAUAACAGUGCUGUAAUUACGAUCAAGUCAAGGUUAUGGAAUGCUACGUUUGUCGAGGAUUAUCCCCGGGUGGAUCAGGUCAGCAUCUUCUCAUUUGCGGAGAUUCGUUUGGAUCCAGAAAUUGAUAUUCGGCAGAAGACGACCAACGACUACGCGGAGGCUGAAACCAAGGCCUAUCCGGAUUCCAGCCUCUAUCAGAGGUCCGAGGGUGCCCCAUGGUGGGUGAUCGCCCUCGGCGUUAUUAUUGGUAUCCUCAUCUUAGUCGCCAUCGCCUACUGCCUAUAUAAGAUGGAUUUCUUCAAGCGGAACCAGCAUCUUCGUAAUGGGGAGUACGAACCUGUUUCACAAACGGAGAAAAAAGAGCUUACUCAGUUCAGCCAAUAUCCGGACAGUAAUUUCCACUAGCCACUGCGGUCAGAUCGCUGAUGUAUAGAAUAUCUUAAAGCAAGGGGAAGAGAGAACUGUUUAUAAAGUGCCGCUAAUCAAUUAACCGGGGACACAUUUUAGCGGAAAUUACCAUACGUGACCUAAAACACGAGCGUUAACUGAAACGUCACACAUCCCGCGCAAAUUUGAAUUUCUAGACUCAAGAGCGAUUGAGCAGGCAUUGUAAAACCUACUCAGGAAAACAAUCGGUUUCACUUUAUAUUUUUAUUCGCUUCUCUUUUCUUUACGGGCUAGUGCUUAACUUUUCAUCUAGCUCUUUUUCAUAGUACAUCCAACCAUGAACGCCUGUAUUUGGGCCAAUUGAAGUGAGACUUCUUUGAAGUUACGGAGAAGCUCGAUGUGUGUCCAUAACAGUGCAACGUCAUCUGCCGUUCUACGAGUAGUCUAUGUUUCUGUUUGGCCAUCUGCGCUGAAGACAUCAUUCCGUCCCACCGCCCAGGCAGCGAAAAAGGCCUGAUCGGUGUCCUUUUUUUUUAUUUUCCUCAACUAUACUCUCUAAUUAUUUAUGUUCUGGAAGAUAUGCGAAAAGAUCCCGCUAAAUAUGUCGUAGGAAAGAAGUCUACACUAGGCCGGGAUACCGAAUCUAUCACCCAUUGUUAUGAACGCGUAGUAUUCGCUCAUUGAGGUGCCAAAUAGCGUGAAGUCACAAUAACACACAUAGGUACAAGCCUACAAAUUCAAACAAAUUUAUAACAUAAACACACAUCGACGCCUACAGCGACGCCUAUAGACGAACACAACAAGAAAAACUAAAGGAAGACAAUGGCUACGAUGACAGAUACACAAGCCCAUGGUGCAAUGCUUUAACUCAGAGAUUCUGGUGAUGAUGAUUGACGAGAAGAAUGGUAUGAUACUGUUGUUCAGGAUGGAAUAUUGGUAAAUGCCAUAGUUAUAAUUUAAUUUCAGUAUGUGAGAAAAAACUGCCGCUUGAACCAGCGAAAUAGCUUCGUGUAGGCGAAUGCCUCCGGAUAGCGAAGCUUCAAUGUAAAUCGCAAGAAUAAGGGGGGUGAACGUCAGUGUAUAUCAAGGUCAUGAAAUCAGCCUCAGAGCCAGAGACGAAUGUUGUCAUACAAACUGUACAUAAUGACUGAAAGGUUGGUUAUAUUGAUAAAUAAGAAUAAUAAUAAAAAUAAUAACACUAAUAAUAAAAAAAAUACGUUGUGCGCUCCACGACGCCAUAGGAAUGAGAAAGCGAUGUCGCAAUGACCAUGAGAGCCUGCCAGAGGUCGCGAAUUGCCCAAUAUAAACAUCGCUUUUUCGUUCUAAUAAGUGCAAACUAGAGAUGGAAACGUCACACGUUCAGCAUGCAAGACCACGACAUUAAAGGACGGUGAUGACAAACAAUGAUAAAAAAAAUUGAAGAAAGCCAAUGGCUAAGCUAAGAUUAUUUAUUAUUAACAAUAAUAGUAAAUUAUUCCAUGAUUGAUUUCUACCACUGUGAAAACCACAGAGCCUGAAAAUACACGAGAAUGAUAGAAAAUGAUAUUUAAUUGCAGCUAAGCAAUGGUUGUAAGGCAGGAAAGACGAUUCGCUUAAUCAAAUCAAUAAGAGAUAACGAGGGAGAGAUAGAUAGAUAGACAGACAGACAGACAGACAGAUAGAUAGAUAGAUAGAGAGAGAGAGAGAGAGAGAGAGAGAGAGAGAGAGAGAGAGAGAGAGAGAGAGAGAGAGAGAGCUACUAGCCCACCGCAUUAAGGAAUGAUAUGGGUAAUAGAGUUUGGUGAGCGCAUGGUUUGUUGUAUUUUGUGCAGACGUAAAAACACAACCAAGUGCUAGACAUAGGCAUUUGCUACGUUUUUGCAGUCGUUCCGUUCUACUGUAUUCUUCAUUGGCUGAGCCCUAAAGGAACUAAACUUUCGCCCAUCAACCAGACUUACAGACAUGGACCAAGCCGGGUCAUAUGCUGCAACCAUAUGAGUUUCCAUAUUUUUUCGUUUAAACGAGGUCGAGUCGAAAUCUAUUUUGUGCUUGAAAAUCGUGUAUUUUCAGGCCAGUUGUUAUGCUCGGUUUCUAGUAGAAACCGGUCACUCAGACGACUUUAUGUGAAUUUAUUAAAGUUAUUCACACUCGAAAAACAAACACAACACAACUAUACAAGGUAAUACGAAAGCAGAGAUUAAAUGUGCAACCUCAGUACAUUAGUAAUGUUGGAGACCAACAAAAUCGCUUUCUUUCAUACCCAAUCGCUGGAAACCAUUUCCGUAUCCCGUCUAGUUGCCAAGUGACUUAUUAAGAUGCCUUUAACCGUGAGUAAUUUGGGAAGAUUUCACCAUUUAUAUAGCGACUACAAAGUCGAUUUUUAUUGUUUAACUAUUAUAUGUUGCCAGUAAAAUAGACCGAAAUAAAUCGAUUUUUUAACAAAUGCAAUCUACUAAAUAUAAAUUUACCAAAAACAACCCGCUUCCAGUUCACAUAAUAGACCAUACGACGUUUCAUGUAUGAAAUGGGACAAGCCUAUUAAAAUCCUGUGCAUAUUAUAUGUUAGACAUUUCAUACUGAGCAAUCUACCGUGUACGUUCAUUUCACAAGAGCUUCGAGCCUUUCUAAUCCCAAAAGUUAUUAUUAUUAUUAUUACUAAGUAAGUUAUAGAGCGAAAUUUGUGUGAUGUCUCUAUGCUAAUUACUAUCUGUCGAUGAGCGGGUCUAGCUGGUCGGUCCUUAGAACGCUCUUCUGCCUUCUGCUGAAUCAGCAACUGCCACGAUCACCGCUAAACCGCUGAAAAGAGCUCGAACUGUAUAGGGUUUUGCUAUGCGCUGCGUUUUUUUUUUUGUUUUAUUAAACAGUAAAUACGACGCCGUAGGAAGUUCGACUAACUAAUUCUUCGAAUUUUCUCCUACUUAUGAAACAAUUGCACACUCGGAAUCGACACGAAGACUGGCUAGAAUGCGCCAAAAAACGCAGUACCAUUAUCAAAACACAUAGCCAAUAUAGAAGCUUUAACAUUUACACGAAAUUAGUGAGAAAAAGUUACUUUGACGAAAAAUUCCAGUUAGCAGUUGUGGUAUAACUUUGGAUAUACGAUUAAUUUCCACUAUUUGAUUGAAAAUAAUCGUAUAUAAUGGUGACUUACGGUGGUUCAUAUAGCUGAAAUCGACUUCGUCAUAAUUAUCCGUUAGAAAACGUAAACCGGUGAAUUUUUCCAACACGGCAAAAUACGGAAAUAUUAUCAUUUAUCUAUUUUUCAUUGUCGGGGGCUCGAAGUUCGAAGUAUUGCCAUGAAUUCCAAGUACGCCAGUUGGUAACUGAUCUACCUAGGAUGUUCUUAACUACUGCUAUUCCGUAGAGACUGAACACUACCACUAAUACAGUGAUUGCAUGAUAUGUGAGCUUUGAUUUAUUUUUCAAAUAGAAUUUUACUUACCUAAAACAAAAAAA